AUGCCCGUCACGGACGUCACAGCCGAGACCGUCGCCACCACGUUCGUCGACACCUGGGUGGAACGCUUCGGAUGUCUCAGUCACGUGACAACUGACCGCUGCCGCCAGUUUGACUGCGCAUUGUUCACUCACGUCACCAGACUGUGUGGCACCCGGUUACACAGGACAACCAGCUACCAUCCGGCGUUGAAUGGCAUGGUCGAUCAGUUCCACAAGACUCUCAAAGCCGCUCUAACCUGCCACGACACCUCAUGGCCAGAGGCGCUCCCACUGGUGCUGCUCGCCCUGCAAGUCACGCCAAAGGAGGAGAUCGGCGCGUCACCUGCCGACCUCGUUUACGGGCAAUCUCUGACAAUCCCGGGCGAUUUUGUCGAAGAUGUAAGGCUCCCACGCGACGCCGUGGCACCCACUCUGGCGGAACGUCUGCGCAGUCACAUGGCCGGCCUCCGAGCGCACGCACCGACGCAGCACGGCACCGGGAAGAUAUUCGUCCACACCGACCUGCAGCGCUGCAUGCAUGUCAUGUUGCGUACCGACGCAGUACGGCCACCUCUCCGACCGCCCUACAGUGGACCGCACCGCGUGAUCGCCAGAGGAGACAAAACGCCGGUCCUCGAGUGCAACGGAAAGCCGUUGACAGUGUCAGUCGACUGCGUCAAACCAGCCCACGUCUUGCCCGCUCCAUCAGCCACGCAUUUCUUCGACCCGGCAGAAGAUCUGAUCACGGACGACACUCCCUGUGCCAGCGGUCAGACGGAACCCGCACCCGGAGCCGCCGGUAACGCACAGCUGCAGCCUGCUGUCAUCGCGCCGCCACGUGCGCCUCCCACCACCACGCCUAGGCAGCUGGUACGGCCGCCCGGACCGCGCCCACCACAGGUGCACCGGUCGCCCCCACCACAGCCUCCAGCGGACUACGUCACACGCGUCGGCCGCCGCGUCAGAUUGAAACAGCCGUGCUGCGUCGCCAACAUGCCACGACACCCAAACUGGCAAUCACGAGCCAUCAGAAUUCGGCGCCCAUGA